GAUACACCUGUUUGUCAGGUAGUCUUCCUUCUGCGACGCAACGGAGACUUUGAGUCACGACCAACGAAACAAUGGAUGUACAUUUUGUAUAGUUUUGACGUAUUUUUGUUAAAUUUUUGUCUACAUUUUGAAUUUACUAGAAGUGGAUUUUUUUUUUAACUUCAAAAAUGUGUCGAAUGUGCCAUAGGAAUUACUCACUGGAAGUCGUGUUGCUGCUUUAUUUGCUAGCUUGUUUCGCUCUUUCUCAUGUUUCUUCCAUCACUGUGAGUUCUCCAGCUGAGCUCCAUGCAUCCACAGGAGACACCGUCUCACUGUCCUGCACUUUCAGUUCUACUAGCCGGCCGACCAGCAAGAUGACUGUCGACUGGUCGUACCGACCUCAGACUGGGGGACCGCCAGAGACAAUCUUCCACUUCUCUUCUCGUGCCUUCCCUCCUUCAGCGGGUCAGUUCAGUGGGCGUAUUCAGUGGCGAGGAAGCCCAGCGAAGGGGGAAGCCUCUAUCUCGCUGAUCAAUUCUACAUUGAACGAUAACGGAACCUACACAUGCUCAGUCAGAAAUCCCCCAGAUGUCCACGGGAGCCCAAAUUCCCACACUGUACUCACUGUCAUUCCAAAGGCACCCAGCAUUCGUUUCUCCGAUGUUGCGAUCCUCCUGUUUCUCAUCCUUAUCCCUUCCACUAUCCUCACCCUGGUUCUGAUUGGACGGAUAUUUUGCCCCAGGAGACAGCACAGCCAAUCUAAAGGCUACAGAUCAGCCAUAGAGAUCACAGAAGGAGAGGAGGAAGACAUCCACCCAGCAGGACGCAAACCGACGGGGUGCACAUGCUGCGACCUAUAUCUGACGGACUCUGAGAGUGAGUACGAUUACACGGACCUGAAAAGGAAUACGCCAAUUCAUGAAGAUUAUGCCGAGUCUCAGUGCUAGAGAUUCCUGCUGGCUCACUCGUUGAGACCUGCUGAAUGGAAAUCAAUGCUGAAUUAAUGCACGUGUCAACCCUUCAGGUCAGUUUGGCACACACGUGCAUGUAAUAUUAUGAAGGUUUAUUUUCUCUAAUUUAUUGCCUGUGUCAUAGCUGUCUUUUUUUGUUGUAUUUUCCCCUUUUUUUUUUGAUACGAUAUGAUUCACAUCUGGGAGUGAAAUAAGAAUACUGAUUUAGAUGCCCUAAUAAUAUUAUGACUGCACAUAGUGUAUACUGUCUAAACAGGAUUGAAGUUAGAAAAUAGUCUCAAUAUAUGUUUUAGAAACUCAUUUGCUGAAGUCAAUUUUGACGACUGGAUUAAUUUGCGUUAAUGAAGAGACAAGCAUGACAUGAGAGACACGCUUUGUCAGGAUAAUGAUCACAAUUUGUGACGAGUACAGUAUGUCUCUUGGUGAAGCUGAUAGCAUACAGCCACAAUGUUCAUCCCCUUGCUGUUUGCUCUGCUGAACUAUUCAUGAAUGGAACUCGUUCAGUAUUUAUGAAUGUUCUUGAAUAUUCCUUUAAAAACUCCCAAGGACAGGCCGGAACAUUUGGCACUUUCCUGUAGAAUCUGUCGCGCAGUUGCGGGGUUUGAGAGUGAUUAAAACACUUAAUAAAAGCCUGUAGGAAGAAUUAAAGAGUCAAAAAGCAAUGAGUCCUCAUUCUGUCUCUUUUUCAAUUUCUUAUUGAGCUGGUUCUCAGUCCUUAGGCUUGAAUAAUUCAAACAUAGCUGUGCUGUAAUGAUUAUCGUGCCUGCUUCAUCGUGAAAUACCAUGGCAACAGCUUACUAAAGGCAGGAAGAAACAAUAUUCAAAAAACUGCAACUUUUGAAAGGGCCUGUUGCUUACCAACUUUGUGGCUUUUGGGCUCAGUGUGUCCACUACCAUUUUAUUAGGGAGGUGCUCUAAAUCAAAUUUUUAUGUUAUAUUUUACAUAGGAGUGUCCUAAUAUCAGCAAAUAAAUCGGAUUUAGGGCUGGGCCCUAUGGCUGAAAACUGUAUCAUGAUAUAAGUGUUUCAUAUUGGUCGAUAUAGCAGAUUAUUGAUAUUUUUAUGACCUAUCAAAAAUAAGGACGAGGAGAAAAAUAUUAAAUGUAAACAUUUUUAUUUAAA